AAUUAGCACUUCAUUUUUUACAGUGUAGUAUUGAUGAGGCAUUAGAUAUUAUAUUACCUUAAUUCUGGAUACGAAAACAGAGAAUCCCUAUGCGGUGCAGUGUUAAUCAGAGGCCACUUCAACGACCUGACAGUAGAUUGCGCAUUCAGUUGGGACCUAAUUGUGUUCGCAUAUCCACAUGAAAAUAUCAUAUUUGUGUUUGUUUGUCUCCGUUAUUACAAUAUCUGGUGGGAGGUUCUCGUCAAAAGCACAAUGUUUAGCCAUGCAUGUAUGUAUUCCUUUCAUGUAUGGAUCUUCUUAAACAAUAGAUUCGACGUCACCAGAAAUGUUAUAAGUUUGACUUUCACAGUCGACAGACUACUAUGUGUUGGGCUUGUGUGCUAGUGGUGAGAAAGACCUGGAUGGUGAGCGGCCUCUCAGCAUCGAUCGCCUAGAAGCUCUAAAAGACUCAUCUAUUGCAGGUCUGUUUGCGUUGGCAUCCGAACGCAAACAGAAGCUAUAGUAUUACAAGGGUCCGCUAUUAAAGAAAUAAUCCUGCAACUACAAAAGCUUGCUUCACGUCGAGAUCUGGGAGAAUAGAUAGUGAUAGUUUAUGAAGAGAGGUGAAAUUGCAGUGACUGUCAGCGCCUUGCACAGCUUAGAUAUACAGACCUAAGUCCAGAAAUGGAGGAUAUCAGAUUCGGAGUUUGGGACUAUGUGGUCCUGGCUGCGAUGCUCUUAAUCUCAGCCCUGAUCGGGAUCUAUUAUGCUUGCUCUGGCGGCAAGCAGAAGACAGCAACGGAAUACCUACUCGCUGAUCGGAACGCUAAUCCAAUACCCGUUGCUUUCUCCUUGGUGGCCAGCUUCGUUUCAGCUAUCACGAUCCUCGGGGUCCCUGCCGAGGUCUAUGCGUAUGGUGUCAGGUACUGGUUGUUUGCCGGUGCUUUCAUCGUGGCAGGAUGCAUCACAAGUCUAACCAUGCCCGUGUUUGUGAGGCUGCGACUUACUAGUGCCAAUGAGUAUUUUGAACUUCGAUUCAACAGAGGUAUUCGCCUCAUCGGGACGGCCUUAACUUUUGUCUCAAUGAUUUUCUACAUCGCCGUGGUAAUUUACGCCCCUGCCUUGGCACUCAAUCAAGUAUCUGGUGUCAAUCUAUGGGGAUGUGCCAUCGCAACUGGAGUCGUUUGUACGUUUUACACCACUAUAGGUGGAAUGAAUGCUGUAUUAUGGACUGAUGUCUUCCAGUCGUUGGUGAUGUUGUCCGGUCUCCUAGCUGUCAUCAUCCAGGGCUCCAAUGAGGGUGGUGGUAUGGGUGCUGUCUGGGACACCUGCUGGAGAGGAGGGAGGAUCAACUUCUGGGAGUUUGAUCCGGACCCGACUAUCCGGCAUUCGUUUUGGAGUAUCAUCGUGGGAGGAGGAUUCACUUGGGGCGCCAUCUACGGUGCUUCACAACCCCAAAUCAUGAGAUAUCUGGCCUGUGGAAAAGUUAAAACUGCUUCCAUAGCAUUGUGGCUUGCGGUACUUGGUAUGAUCAUCGUCCUAUCCUGCGCCAUUCUUUCAGGCCUUGUGAUGUACGCCCGAUACGCUACCUGUGAUCCCUUCAUUACCGGAAGAGUUACCAGCGGAGACCAGCUAAUGCCAUUCAUAGUCGUAGAUCUUUUCGGGAGCACACCGGGUCUAUCUGGUUUAUUCACUGCUGCAAUAUUCAGCGCUGCCAUGAGUACAGUGUCGUCUGGUCUGAACGCUCUCACUGCUGUCACAACCGAGGAUGUUGUGACGAAAAUUUUCCCAAGUGUCAAAAAGAAUGAUUCCAUCUACGCGAUAGUCAGCAAAAUUGUGUUGUUUACGUAUGGUGCGAUAUGUGUUCUGCUGACUUAUGUUGCUUCCAAACUUGGGAGUGUUCUUCAGUUGACGUUGAGCAUUGGUGGCAUGGUAGGUGGACCUGCCCUUGGGCUAGCAACACUAGGGAUGUUCUUUCCAUGGGCAAACAGCAAGGGCGCCCUUGUCGGAGUCCUUGUCAGUCUCGCGUGGUCUCUUUGGGUUGGCAUCGGAACGUACGUUGAUGGUGUCCUUUAUCCUCGAAACCCUGGCUUCCUCCCUCUCGAUAUCUCCGGCUGUCCUGCUCCACCUGCUCCUCCUACUAUGAAUACCAGCACAAUAACGACUUUAAUGAUGACCACAAUGGACGCCACCUCUUUGCAAAUGACCACCCCGGGAGUCCCCGUCGCUCCGCCAAUGCCGCCCCCAGAGCCCCUUGGGAUCUACAAGUUAUCUUACAUCUGGAUUGGUUUCUACGGCUGGAUGAUCGCUAUUGUUCUUGGAUUAAUAUUUAGCUUCCUCACAGGGGCUACGGAUCCACGGAAGUUAAAUCCCGCCCUGAUCAAUCCCAUCGCUGAUUGGUUCUUCUGUUGCCUUCCGUCUUCCUGGAAGGAUUCACUCAGAUGUAGGGUAGGGCAGCAUUAUCAACCAGACGAAAUUGAUCUUGUGGACGGUGAAGCGUGCGAGGUCAAAGACCAAAAGGGUGUCGAGUCUGGCUUUGCUGUAACCGAAGAUGAAUCUAAUCCGAAAGGCAACACGAAGAAUGAACCAUUGAAGGCUAACAACAGAGUACCCCCAAGUUAUGAAGAGGCUACAGUUAGUACAAAGAGUGACAAGGGAACCCAAUCCAUGGAUGAUGAGGAUACAAGAUUGUAAAUACUUAUAGACUGCGUCCAGGAAAGAGAGUUUUUGCUCCGCGAUGCAUGAUUAAUUCAAGAGCACAGUUAAUGUAUUGAAAACGCCGUCAAAUGACAUGUAUUACCUGGGAGGUCUUUGUCGAAGAUUGGUGAAGCGGCCCCUGCACGCAACAAGAGCCAAACUUUAUUUGUCAAAUUUGUUUUCUGUCCGCUAAAUAAUCUCUCCGGUAACGUCGUAAUAUGAACACGGAUACACAGAAGGCUUCCGACAUGCGCUCAUCAGAGUAAAAUCCCAUUGCUAAAACGAAACAUCUUUGAUAAUUUUUUAUCAAAAAUUUCAAGACAGCAAUCUUGGCGUCUUUAUGGUGCUGCAAUACCUGUAAAUAACGUGUAUUUAGAAACUUUUUUAGUUUGUACAUAUGGUGAAUGUCAAUGUAUAUUUUUCUUAACUUGGAAUUUCACGUGACGUAUGGAAAGGCAAUGAAAACAAUU